GACGCGAUGAAGUGUGGUGUGUCUCGAGCGCUGUUCUUCUGCGCGCUGGUCGCCGGCAGCGGCUGCUCUCCUGCCCCGACGUCAGCUCCCUUGACAGCCCAGGAGCAGACCAACGAGCCUGCCAAGAUGUCAACGUCCAGAGGCAGCGAGGCAAUGACAAGCGGCAGCGAGGAGGCUGCCGAGGCCACUCGACACACGGCGCCGACCAUCAUCAACAAGUUGCGCGACGUAAGCGAGCCUGCAUCGCAUGAGAACAACAAUGCAGCCGAAGAGCUCGACGGUGAUGCCGGUAUCCCGAAACUCAUGGGGACCCGCGAUGAGAACGAUGCUGAUGAGCAUGACGACGAUGAAGAGAAGUCAGAUGCGUACAUAGACAGUAAAGCACCAAAAAUGAACGGGGAAAUCAAGUCUAAAGUUUCGCCGUCUAAGCGGGCGAGUGAAGUGGUUUUGCCUGCUACUGUGAUCGCCGUCUCUGAGGAGGACUUCCACGACUGGCCCGAGAGUUUGCCUACACCGGUCGCGCAGACAAACGGAGCGACAGGCAAGCAGCGCAGUGACGGUACCUACGUCAUCACCGACAGCGAGGAAUAUCCCUGUGUUCUGGCCAGCUUCAAGUUCAAGAUCACCAUCUACUACCCGGCAGUUGCCCAAGGAGAUGCAGAAAAAACCAAAAACGUGGCCAUGAGCCCUCCUGACGACGCGACCGUGUCAGGCACGUGUGAUAGAGAAGCCCAGGUCGCCACGCUCGAGAUUACCUGGAAGCCGGGGACCUUCAUAAUUGGCUUUGACUUCGACACCUUGACGGACUCUUGGUACGUCUCCAGCUUCCAGUUCGCAUUCAACUCCGGCAAUGCAUAUUACGUAGACUCGAAAACAGAAAAAGAAAUGGUCGUGAAGAGUGAAGAGGGCAAGCGUUUUUGGAUGACGAGUCACGCGCGCUCCUUCCGCUGCUCGCUGCUGCACGACAUCCCGCUGACGGCGGACGAGGGGCGCUUCUCAGGCUCCAUCCACUUCGACGAGGUGCGCGUGCAGGCGCUCACCUACGGCGACAGGUUCAAGACGCCGAAGCACUGCAUGCACAGAGUGCAGCGGGACGAGAAAGUUCCUCUGAUAGUUGGCAGUACACUGGCUGCCCUCUCCGCCUGCACCAUUGGUGUCUACGCUGCCAUCCGGUACUACAAAAUAAAGAAGGUCCAAUACGACACCAUGCAUUAAAAGUGCAUCAUCUGAAGCAUCAAUAUUUAUUGUUAUCUCAAUAUCCUUCCAUCUUAGGCCUGUUAUUGUGACCAGUUCGGAUAACAGAUUAUGCGAGUAAAUAUGCACUUAAACUUUGCACGAGCAAAUUUCUCGCGCGUCAGCCUAUAGAAAUGAAGAUAAAAUGUAUUUAGCUUCAUAAAAUUCUAGCUUCAUUGUUUACAUAGAUUCUAAUAGAAAAAAAUAGUGAGAAUAUUCAAAGCCGAGGAGCCGCAAUAGGAGACUAUGAUAAUAUUAUAUUGAGAGACAAAUAGUGAAACAGUUUUUUAGGUUACAUUUCUGCACAUAGACAGUUCGUCCCAAUUACACUUGUUGUAGCGUAAAAAUGAAUUUAAACGUUAAUGAGCCACUAAUAUGCUACUAUUUUCUUUCAUUGUAUUUAAACUCAUAAUUUAGAUGUACAUAAAGUGUUGUCAGUGGUGCCACUACUGUGCACUGACUAUGUUUGUUUAGAAGAUUGACCGCAAAAUAUUUAGACUUUGCCUCAUGUAAUGUUAACCGCAAAACUUAUUUCAUCAAAUGAAAGUAAGUAGGCCAAAUCUUUACCAUAGUAAAAAUAAAAUAUGCAAAACAAAUUAAGCCCAUGUGUACUAAAACCGCAGUAAUUCGUUGAAAUUCAUAGCAUUGAUGUUGAGUGCUGUGAAACUCAAGAUAAUUUACCUGUUCUCGAUGUCUCCAAAAUUGCAAAAGAAAUAAAUAUAACUCCUUUUGCUGCUUGAAUUUCAACCAUCAGCAAAUUAAACACGACUCCCUUGCUAAUGACCAUAUCAUUCCAGACCAUAUCACCUAUUACCACGAAUAGUUAGAUGAGGAGACAUGGUCACUAUUGAGAUUGAAGAUGUAUUGAUGCCACAUAAACUCAUGCAGGCUGUCUUCUAAUAAUUGUUUCAGCAUGUAAGGUGCCUGCGUAAUUUAGGUACUUCGAUAUUGAGAACUGAGCUUUCAAGCUCCAGCUAGAAAAAAAGAAACGGAAUGUUUAGUAUAAUAUUUAUGUUUAUAGUGCAGGAUUGUGAAGUCUUUUAUAUACGGUGGGCAACUUAUGAACUUCUUUUGAACGAAAUGUUUUCCCUUAUUGCUCUCCAUAUCAUUGUGGCCCUGCCGCAAUGAUGACUUAUAUAGCCACAAUGAUAUGGGCUGUGGCUUAGCCACAAUGAAGCAUAUGUUUUUUUAUUCGAGCUUGGUAGAUGAUUCAUAGAUUAGUUCAUAUCAUUAAUAUUAUAAAUACAGAAUGUUGGAAUGUUAUAAUGCCGCUAACUUAUGGUAAAUUCCGUUGAAGAAUUUUUGAUGAAAUAUACACCUGCAUGUCUGGGAAAUUGCCCAAAGUUUGAAUUUAUUGAUAACGUCGUGCAACUUUGCCAGGGCGUGUGUGAGUGUGUGUGUGUAUAGUUUUAUCCUGAAUUCGUGCGUGGCGUGUAGUUUCAUGUACUGCAUUAAAGUAUGUAAAGUUAUUUCGUUAUCUCAAUGUUUGUACUAUAAGUGAUGCCCACUGCAUUCAAACAGACAUAAGAAAUAAGAAAAAAGUUAAGCACAUUGAAUAAAAUUUUGCCUCUUCAAAUAACUUUUCACUCACAACUCGUAUUUGCGUCGCUCUUGCUACAGAAAUAGUGUCAAUCUCCACAAUUUUAUUUUUCAUGUUCUACAUGGACCCAAAAAUGCGAAUCAUUCAAAUUGCUCUCCUCAGCGCAAUCGUCUCAAUCACCCUUAAGAAAAAGUCAUUUUGUGCUAAAAUAAUCUGCACGAUUUAUUUUCUUGAAAUUAUAAUCGUAAUUGAUUAGUUUUCUUGCUAAGUCGUUUGGAUGCUGUGGGUCGUGCCUAGUCUUCCAGUAGAGACUAAUAGGUCAACGUUUGUGACUAUUUUCGUCCGAAAAUUUCUGAAUUCAUAGGAGAAUGCCUCUCUAGAAACUCGGUUUUAUGAGUUCGGGUUACAGUUUUGUAUUAGCACUGGAAUCGUGAAUUGUAACAAUUAAUUAAAUAGUCAAGAGACAACCAAUACAUCUGUUAACUUCUGGCUUAUGUAAAUGAGAAAUUUUGCAGAUAUAAAGCUAAUGAUUCAUUAUUUUUUGCUUAAACUUGCGAUCAUUUUACUAAAACCUCUUGUUAACGUUUCAAUAUGCAAUAAAUUUUUGUUUUAUUAUAAAAAUAACAUUGAUUACGUCACAUGUUCUUCUCUAAUUACGAUUAAAUUGUUGAUGAACUGAGACUUUUAUUGCCAAAUUGCUGCCUUAUUGCUAUCUUAUAUCGACUCAAUAUUCAUUAAUAUGGUUUGAUUUCUUAAUUUCUAGAAUACGAAUAAAAUAUAGCAUUGAAACUAUUAAGGUAUAGUGUUUCAAAUUCAGCCUGCUUCGGAUUUCACAGUAAAAAAUUUUGUUUUCCAGCAUUUGAUUAAUGAUAACUACAUGAUUAUAACAUAACCUAGCGGAUGAUACCUUAUUAAGAGUGGUACCGUAUUG